AUGGAGAGCUUGGCCACCGCUGAUGAGCUUGCUAGCAAGCUGACAAGCUGCACCACUUCCAGGGAUCUCAAGAGUGGCCAGAAAGUCCACGCGCUCAUCUCCAACAGCCCUACACACAGCAAUGACCGCUACCUUGCAAAUCUGCUCGUGAGAAUGUAUGGCAAGUGUGGCUGCAUUGCCGACGCGAGUGCCGUCUUUCAUGGCAUCCAGCAGCCGAACCUCAUCUCUUACAACAUUGCCAUUGCUGCGUUUCUUGAUAACGGAGAUAUCUCCAGUGCCAAGGAAAUCUUCGACUACAAGAUGCCACUGCAUGACCAAAUCACUUCCACACUCAUUAUAAGAGCGCUAGCAAGAGAGGGCCAUCUUCACCACGCUAAAGCCGCAUUUGAUCGCGCACAUGAACGCGACAUUGUUGCCUGGACUUGCCUCGUUCAAGCAUAUGCCAAUAGCGGGCAUUUCGUGCUUGCAAGGAGCCUUUUUGACCAAAUGCCUUAUCGUAACAUAAUUUCGUGGGCAACGAUAAUUAGUAUUUACAACACCAGUGAAACUGUACAUUUAGCUCAAAGCUUGUUUGAUAGCAUGCCCGAGUGGAAUGUUGUAAUAUGGAAUCUUUUGGUCUUUGCGUACGCUCAAACUGGCGAUAUGCUUGCUACUUCUAUGGUCAUGCAGCGUAUGCCCGAGAGGGACCUGGUAACAUGGACAACCAUGCUUCACGGAUAUACGCGGUGGCGCAACAUAGAUGGAGCCAUAUCCUGCCUCCAUAAAAUGCCGGAGUUGGAUAUGGUAUCCUACACCGCCGCUAUCCAGGCAUAUGCCCAAGAAGGGCAUGUCCGGAAGGCUGAGAAUCUUUUUGCACGACUAGCUGAGAAGGACCUCGUGUGCUGGAAUACUAUGGUAAUGGGAUACCUGGAAUGUUUUGAAUGCGAGCAAGCAAAGAUCUUGUUUGAUAGAAUGCCAAGACACAAUGUUGUGUCAUGGAACGCGAUGCUUUCUCUUUACGGACAGACCGGCCACUUGGACGAGGCCAAUGGACUGUUUGAAAUCAUCCCCGAGCGGAGCAUGGCAUCAUGGAACCGGAUGCUCCUCGGCCACGCCCAAAACUUCGACCUGGUUGGUGCAAAGGCGUUGUUUGAUUCCAUGCCUGACCACGAUUUGGUGUCAUGGAACACAAUGGCGGUAGCGUUUGCACAUAGCAUGCGAUUUGAGAGCGCCACCCAGAUCUUUUGGAGGAUUCCAAUGCCAGAGGCCGAGGCUUGGAACUCAAUGGUGGCACUGUGUGCCAAGUUUGGCCAAGGCGGGAUGGCUAUCACGUUCUUCCACGAGAUGCUAUGCCAAGGGUUACUUCCGGACAAGUUAACUUUCACAAGUGUUCUUGCUUCCUGUGAUCAUUUGGGAUUGAUGGAUGAAGCAUGCCAGUAUUUUCAAUCGAUGCUAAUAGAUUAUGGUAUGGAUCCAUGGAGGCAACACUACUCUUCCUUAGUUGGAAUGUUGGGACGAUGCGGCCAGCUUGAGAAUGCGGAGGAUCUGAUAGAAAAAAUGCCCUACGUGCCUGAUUCAGUGGUCUGGGGAGCCUUUCAUGGCACUUCUAGAAUUCAUAAUGGAGGUUAUAGGUAA